AAGUGAUGACUGCUACUGGAAGAAAAAGUAAACAUAUUUUUUUUUAUUCCCUUUCUAGAGCCUUUGUCCAGCUACAACUUGGUGCAUUCCCACUUCACCCUCUCUCUGCCAUCCUUUUUACAGUCAAUCUCUACUUCCUUUCUCAUCAGACUCCUAUCCCCCGUCCCUUCAUAUCAAACCACAUAACCUAUAACUCACAAUGCGUUUAGAAAAGUGCUACUUCUGCUCGUCGACCUGCUAUCCAGGGCAUGGCACUAUGUUUGUGCGCAACGACUCAAAGACGUUCCGCUUUUGCAGAUCAAAAUGCCACAAGAACUUUAAGAUGAAGCGCAACCCUCGUAAGGUCCGCUGGACCAAGGCCUUCCGCAAGGCUGCUGGCAAGGAAAUGACGAUCGACUCGACAUUCCAAUUCGAGAAGCGUCGCAAUAUCCCAGUCAGAUACGACAGAGACCUUAUGGCAACGACGAUCAAGGCACUCAAGCGUUCGCAGGAGAUCAAGGCGAAGCGCGAGCGUGUGUUCUACAAGAACAGAAUGUCGGGCAACAAGUUGCGCCAGAAGUCCGAGAACCAGGCAUUGGUGCAGAAGCACAUCCAUCUUGUCGACACCCCUGCGAUCAAGAACCUGGCCCAGGUCCAGAAGGUGGCCCAGAAGAGCAAACUCAUGGAUGUGGACAUGUCAUAAUUUUUCCUCUCUCUGUGCGUCUGUUCUUUUCUUCCUUUGGUCUGUUCAUUUUCUUUCACCCAUACAUCUCCAGCAUCGGCAUUUGUGCUCAAGUAUUAAUAAACACAGCAGAGAAACAAACAAAAAUGAUUUUUUAGCAUUGGCGCCCAUUUUGUCUUUUUU